AGCCUGAUUGACUAUAAUUUAAUUUUCGGUUCGCUAUUUCCUACCGACCCGGGAUGUUACCUAGCCUGUUUUUGCUUCACUCUUCAUGAUAUUUGUUUCUGAGUUCAGCUAUACUUGGUAGAAUGGCUACAGCAUGGCAGACAAGGCAGAUACAGGAGAAGAAAACAUGGCUGUUGUCCUCAGGGUCAUAUAGAACGAAAUGGCAAGCAAAUGCAUAAAAAUUAAAAUAUAACCUUAAGUAAUGCUGUGUGCUAUAAGGAAAAGCAAGGCUGAGUGGUGAGCAGCGGGUGUAGGCCAGUUGACGUAGGAUGAUCAGGAAAGCUUUCUUUGAUCCAAUAAACAGGAGAGCGUGUGCAAAGGCCCCAAGGCAAGAGUAAAUAUAUGGUCAGGGAACCAGAAGGAGGUCAGUGCCACUGAAGCCAAGUAAACGGAGGACAGCGUGGUCAGAAAUGAGGUCAGGAGUUAGCUAGGGGCCAGGUGGGCCAUGAUGAGCACCGUCUGUUUUCUUGUGGGAGGAAAAGUGUGACAGGAGACCUCUGCAACAAUGCAGGCAUGCGCGGAUAGUCACACCUGGUGUAGAGCCGGAAGCACGAGGGGGCCGGGAUUAAAUGAGAUGGUACACACCCACAUCCGGACACACACAUGCUUAUACACAUGACAUACACAUACAGUGACACUUGCCCACCAUCUCCCAUUUCCCACCCCAGCUCAUCAGGCACUUGCUAGAGCAGCAACCUCUCCUCCCACUGUCCUCCCUCCUCCCUCCCCAGUAUCCCGUCUCUCCUCAGGGAUGGCAAGUGAAGCCUAUGAAGAUGCUAGCUUACCAAGAAAGAUCUGUUGAGGCUCACUUCUCUCCAGUUCCCAACUGCAGGAUGGUGGGAAAGUCAGGGCUUGGCAAAGGUUACAUAAAUAUUUGCUGAGCACUAGCACAGCUGGGAGCAGGGCCCCUUCCUUCAGCUGGUUCAUUUGCCACUGGGGAGGAAUCUCAGCUGGGACUAGAGACUGGCUUUGGAACUCUCCGUGCGCAUCUGCCGACUCUCAAUGCCCGCAUUCAAACCGUUCCACAGCCUGACCUCCAUACCUUCCAAUAUGAGUCCCAGGCUGGCCCUGCGGAGGGAUCUGGCAAGAGGCGAUACCACAAUCUGCAGAAACCCUCGUCUAGGAACCAAGAGACUUGUGCACAGGAAUGCCAUGCACAUCACUUACCUGCUCCUCUGGGCCUCAUCUGUAGGGCCUGUGGCUGGCUGUGGUGACCUUUCAAGUCUUUUCAGCUCUGGUCUCUGAGUUGAAUCUGGUCCAGGCUUCCUGGCACCUCCUCCUGGAAGAGCCUGGAGGCAGACUGGGACAUUAAGAGAGAAGAAAAGCUCAUUCCAAGAUCUAUGGUAGACCUCAGACAUUGCCAGUGGGUCAAGAAAUUCCUGACCUAGGAGUGCCAUCAUCAUGGGCAGGUUCCCUUAGGCCACUGUCAACCCUCCUGACCAUGGAUGAUCUGAAGGAAGUAUAACAAAGCUAGCUACCUGACCUUAGAUCACUGGGUCCUUUGAGAAAAAGAGCCAGACAUCAGUUUUCCAGAUAUUUCUCUCCAGGUCAAACAAAACCAAAUGAAUUCAUCAAGAUUUGGAAGUCACUGGGAGAUCUUUGAAGCAGGAUUAGGGAUGUAGCCAGAAAUUUUUCUAACAGUGUGGGGGAAAGGGUUCACUUACUGACUCCCUCUCCCAAAUCGUUUCUCUUUCCUUUCCCUGUCCAACCAUUUUUUGUUUAAUUCUUUCUCUCUCUUUUUUUUAAUCACUCCAUUUUAUGCCUGUCACUGCCAAGAUACUACAUACAUAGGAGGCUGAGACAGGAGACUCACAAGUUCUGAAAUGGUCAGAGCUACUUGCACAGUGAGACUCUGUCUCAAACAAAUGAAGGAGAGAAGGGGGAUGGGGGUGAGGGAGGGGAAGCUGUUACUAGCUUAGCUCAAAUGUAUGGGGGUAGUCUCUGUGUCCAGUCACCCACAGGACUGGAGGGAGGUUCUCUGAUGACCUGUGGAGGAGCAGGGGGUUUCCAUUUGAGAAAUUCCAUAGCCUCAGAGUUGGUGAGAAAAAAGGAACUGGGCAGGUCAAGGGAUAAAGCAAAAGUGUCUACUCAGGGACUCAGUCUACCAAAGGGACUCACCAGGAAAGCAGGUAUGAGAUCAGGCCCCAGCUAGGUGACACUGGUCCCCAGAAAUUCUUAGCCAAGUGACCUCAGAAUGCAGAGCAUGCCAAACUACCUGGCCUGUGUCUUUUUUUGCUUGCCCCAUUCUAACCGACCAUAUCAGUCUUUGAAAUAUUUGUCAGGGACGCAACUGAAGCCACUCAAAACCUCUGUUAGGUAUCUUUGCUGAGAAGGAGACGUUGUCCAAGAGGGCCCUGACACUCGUUGGAGACCCUUCAAGAUCGGGAAGUGGGGGGAGUGUGUGAAGGAAGCAUAAAUCAUCCCCAGUAAUCCGUUGAAGGGCUCACGCACACGGGGGACCUAUCCUCUGCUCUGGACGUUUUCCAGUCUUUCCAAACCUCAGUUUCCCCUUGUAAAGAGGCAGUCUGAUGGUGCUGGCAUGGGAGAUAAAUGAGGUCAUAGCUCCUGAGGGAUCUCUGAGGAGAAGUGCCAAAGGAGCACAGAGGACGUCUAUCUGACACACACAGGCCUUUUUCCUCUCACCCUCAUUGGCUGGCAUUUCUUUCUGGAAAAGUGCCUGGUACCCAGCUCCCUUUCAGCAGGUGUCUUCCUUCUCUGAGAAAGGAGCACUCGGAGUCAGCUCUACAUGCCUCUCCUCUGUGGCCAGGGCCACCAUAUCACCCCCAUUCUGCCACACCUCCAUGAUGGGCAAGGUCAGGGCCUCUUCAAGCACAGGAGUAGGUCCUGUUGCCAGGGAAGGCUGUUUUUCUGAUUUGACAAAAGCCCGGGACAGCAUUCCCCUUUAAGUUGCAGCCCAAUUACCAAAGUGCCCUGACCUGUGGGCUGAAAAUAGCAAGUGCUAAUUUGCAUGCUAUUUAUUUAAGUAGUGAAACCUCUUGGGCCCUGCUUCUUAGCCUGUAAAAGCCCACUCAAGCCUACACAAAAAACUAGGUACUCCACAAGGUGCAGCUUGAAGGAGGAAAGGGGGACCCAGGGAGGGAGUCUCCUGUUCUGCUGAAUUCUGGUAGCUUAGAAAUCCAUUUUGGGAAGGAGAUCUUCAAGCCAGGAAUUCCCUUAACAAGGACCAGGAAGCUGAGAGCCUUUCCUUGUGGCUAAGCUGCUGGCCAAGACUUGUUCAUGGCCUGGUCCCCUAGUCCCUUUGGUGGGGCAAGAUGUAGCCAGAGUCAGAGGAGACUGCUGGGUAGACAAGCUGCCAGUAUAAGGGAGAAUAUGGCCCUGUGGUCUCUGAGUGGCUGUAUGUACACGUGUACACACACACACACACACACACACACACACACACACCACCCUGCCUCUGAGUAAACUCCCAUCUCUUACCCUUCCUCGGAUCCUCCCUCCAGCUCUGACCAGAAAGCCACAAAGAAAAAAAAAAAACAAAACCUUAUGGAAAACCUACAGCUAGAUUUGGAGAACAAAAUCCCCUGUGGAUGACAUUCUUCUGGCUGACACAGCCAUUUUAUUCAGGAUUCAUGCUGGCUGGGGCUAAAGAGAAUCCCUCACGGUGCUGUAAGUUGUUCCCCAGAUGACCCAGGCCAACUCCAGCUCAGCAGUAGGGACAGAACCUCCUGGGAUUCUCUCUCUGUGGCUGUGGUGAGGAUGGGGAGCCCAGGACAGUAUCAGGCCAAGGAUAAGUCCAGGGACAGUAUUUCUGCACCAAGACAGAAGAAUGUAUUAGACCAUUUACCUGGUGCUUACUUCCUACAAAGCUGGCAAAUGCAUCGUUCCUAUGUCUUACCCACCCAGACUCCUUAUGUAAUAAAAUCUUCUUGUCUCACCAUGCUACGGCAUAGUAAUCCGAAAGGUAGAGCUGCCAGGGUCACUGCAGCCUUCCCCUUUCCUAGGAUCUCUAAAUGUGUUUGUAGAACUCAACAAUGGUCUACCUUUGAUAUAAGCGUCCUCCCUCCAGCCCAGCCUAAUCAGGGACAAAGGUCCCUACAACUAGGAUUCAUUCCUCAGAGCCCCAGGUCAGUGCCCCUGGGCAGUCACAGGUCUGAGGAAAGUCAGGCUUUAAGGGGAAAACUCAAAGCCCGUCAGGCCUUAGCCCAGGCUAAGAGGAGGUGGGCUCUCAGAUAUGUCCCCUGCUGCUCACUAGCUAAAGCAGAAACUACAAGGUCUAAGGACCGAGAAGCUCAGUCCCAUGGUGCUGUCCACAUGAAGUUGUUCAACUUUGUAAAACUUUACUGAUUUAUUUGUGGUGUGUGUGUGUGUGUGUGUGUGUGUGUGUGUGUGUGUGUGCGCGCGCGCGCGCGCGUGCUUGCUUCUGUGGCUGUGUGUGUACCACGGCCUAUGUGUGGAUGCCAGAGCACGAUUUUUAGGAGUCUCUUCUCAUUCCGCUUUGGCCAUCCAGGGAAUUGAACUUGGUCUAAGCAUGGCCAGAGGCUAAAGCCAUACACUUGAGCCAUCUCGUUGGCCUCCUCCUGGGGCUUUUAAAGGAAGAAGUGCAGAUCCGAUCCAUCCAGUCUUCCUAGCUUGCUUGGCUCACCUCUGGCUGGAGACACAACCACAGAGCUUCUUCCUUUAAGGCUUGAGGACUGGAGGGAGCAGAGGAAGCAGGUGGUCCUCUAGCGCAGGGGUUCUCAACCUUCCCAAGGCUGGAGCCCUUUAAUACAGUUCCUCAUGUUGUGGUAGCCUCUAACCAUAAAAUUAUUUUGUUGCUAUUUCAUAAAUAUAAUCUUGGCAUUGUUAUAAAUUGCAAUGUAAAUAUCUGUGCUUUCUGAUAGUCUUGGGCAACCUUUGUGAAAGGGUUUUUGGAUCCUGGAGGGUUCGAGACCCACAUAUUUAGAGCAGCUGUCCCUUUCCUUUGACUUAAAGUAGGGUGUCUGUCACUGCCGGGUCCUGAAGGCAGAAGAGUCCCAAGGUUUGAGCCCUGCUAUCACCGCACUGUUUUUAAUGCCUUCGGUUAAAGACAAGUAUCUUGGGAUCCUUUUCUACUUAGUCUGGCCGCUGGAAAUGCCCGCUGGAUGAAGGCGUGCAGACCCUAGCUUGGGAACUGUGAACUGCAUGCCACCCCCAAACUGCCUGCACAGUCCCUUCAGCAGCCAGCACACCUCUGCUGUAGUCCGCAGAAUACCAGAAAUCUGUUUUCUCCCCACCCCUUAAGGGAGAGAGGUCACAUUAUCUUAUCCCACCCCUACAAUAACGGUCCAGAGCCAACCUCAAUCAAUAUGGAGCCCCUGUGACCUUCAUCUUGUUUCAAGGAUGAGUGUAUGACUUUAGUACACCAAUUUUGAGUAAUUUGUAAAAACCUAGUAAGUGAUGAGGAAGGACCUGACCUCUCUGUGGGGAGGCUCUGCCCAGGCCUCUUCAGCCCUACUCACGGGUGCACCACCUCGGCUCCCUGCCGGGGAGACCUGGAAAUGCUCAGCUGCUCACGCCCCCUUCGUUCUUUCGACCCUUGCGGCGCGAGGCAAGCCGCCCAUCAGACUGCUGCUGGCAUUCAAGGGGUUAACUCAGGAACAGCCCAGGUGGAGGUCGAGGCCCUUAACCCCCCACUACCUCCACACCUUCCGGCUACAGAGGCCGCAGAGGCCACUGAAAUCGUAAAGACUGCGGUAGCUCUUUGUCUACCUGCUCUGGGCGUUAAAGAGCCCGCUGGCAGCCUGCUUCGCUGGGGCUCGGGACAGAAGUCAGCGACAGAGAAAUUGGGCUCUGUCGCUUUAAGUACAGCUGGAGCCGUAAGUACUAGGCCGGCUGUGCAGAAAAAAGGGAGCAGAGGGCCGAGGACCGGUGCGGCGUCCGCCCCUCCGCGUGGUCCGCGGCUCUUACGAUUUGGGGUGCCCGCCGCGUGCCAGGUGAAGGCUGUUUCGUGUAUAUUUGGUGCUCAUCUACUGAAUGGCUGACUGAGCCAGGGAAGAUGCUUCAUCUGCCCCUGCCCAGGUCGGGAAGAACAGCGAAUUUUCCCCGCAGCUGGGAUGAAAGCAGCUCCAUCAGCAGUGGGCUCAGCGAUGCCUCGGACAACCUCAGCUCAGAAGAGUUCAACGCUAGCUCCUCCCUCAACUCCCUCCCAACCACUCCCACUGCUUCCCGGAGGAGCUCUACCAUAGUGCUACGCACAGACUCCGAGAAGCGCUCCCUGGCAGAGAGUGGGCUCAGCUGGUUCAGUGAGUCAGAGGAGAAGACCCCUAAGAAACUAGAGUACGAUAGCGGCAGCCUGAAGAUGGAACCCGGGACAUCAAAGUGGCGGAGAGAGCGACCAGAGAGCUGUGAUGACUCAUCCAAGGGUGGAGAACUGAAAAAGCCCAUCAGCCUGGGACACCCAGGGUCCUUGAAAAAGGGAAAGACCCCACCGGUGGCUGUCACCUCUCCCAUCACUCACACUGCCCAGAGUGCCCUCAAAGUCGCAGGCAAGCCUGAAGGCAAGGCUACAGACAAGGGUAAGCUCGCAGUGAAGAAUACUGGGCUCCAGCGCUCCUCUUCCGAUGCUGGCCGGGACCGUCUGAGUGAUGCUAAGAAGCCCCCCUCGGGCAUUGCUCGCCCCUCUACUUCAGGAUCCUUUGGUUAUAAGAAGCCUCCCCCUGCUACCGGCACAGCCACUGUCAUGCAGACCGGUGGCUCAGCCACUCUCAGCAAGAUCCAGAAGUCCUCAGGGAUCCCUGUCAAGCCACUGAAUGGGCGCAAGACGAGUUUGGAUGUGUCCAACAGUGUAGAGCCCGGAUUCCUUGCUCCAGGAGCACGGUCCAACAUCCAAUACCGUAGCCUGCCCAGGCCAGCCAAGUCCAGUUCUAUGAGUGUGACUGGGCGGGGUGGACCUCGGCCUGUUAGCAGCAGCAUUGAUCCCAGUCUUCUCAGCACCAAGCAGGGUGGCCUUACACCCUCCAGACUGAAGGAACCUUCCAAGGUUGCCAGUGGUCGGAGCACUCCAGCCCCCGUCAAUCAGACAGACCGGGAAAAGGAGAAGGCCAAAGCUAAGGCUGUGGCCUUGGACUCAGACAACAUCUCCUUGAAGAGUAUAGGCUCCCCAGAAAGCACUCCCAAGAACCAAGCAAGCCACCCUCCAGCCACCAAGUUAGCAGAGCUGCCACCAACCCCUCUCAGGGCCACAGCCAAAAGCUUUGUCAAGCCACCCUCCAUAGCCAAUCUAGACAAGGUCAACUCCAACAGUUUGGAUCUACCAUCUUCCAGUGACACCCAUGCCUCAAAGGUCCCAGAUCUGCAUGCUACGAGCUCAUCCACUGGGAGCCCUCUCCCUUCUUGCUUCACCCCCAGCCCAGCACCUAUCCUCAAUAUUAACUCAGCCAGCUUCUCCCAGGGCCUGGAGCUAAUGAGUGGUUUCAGUGUCCCAAAGGAGACCCGCAUGUACCCCAAACUCUCAGGCCUGCACAGGAGCAUGGAGUCCCUCCAGAUGCCAAUGAGCCUGCCCAGUGCCUUCCCCAGCACUGCCCCCAUCCCCACCCCACCUACUGCUCCAUCAGAGGAAGAAACAGAAGAGCUGCCCUGGAGUGGAAGCCCCAGGGCCGGACAAUUGGACAGCAAUCAGCGGGAUCGGAAUACCCUCCCCAAGAAAGGACUCAGGUACCAGCUUCAGUCCCAGGAGGAGACCAAGGAGAGGCGGCACUCCCACACUAUCGGUGGGCUUCCAGAAUCCGACGACCAAGCAGAGCUGCCGUCCCCCCCUGCGCUCUCCAUGUCCUUGAGUGCAAAGGGCCAGCUUACCAACAUAGUGAGUCCCACCGCGGCCACCACGCCAAGAAUCACCCGCUCCAACAGCAUCCCCACCCACGAGGCGGCCUUCGAGCUGUACAGCGGCUCCCAAAUGGGGAGCACCCUGUCCCUGGCCGAGAGACCCAAGGGAAUGAUUCGGUCAGGAUCCUUCCGAGACCCCACGGAUGAUGUUCAUGGCUCGGUGCUGUCUCUGGCCUCCAGUGCCUCUUCCACAUACUCCUCAGCUGAGGAGAGGAUGCAAUCUGAGCAAAUUCGAAAGCUUCGUAGGGAACUGGAAUCAUCCCAGGAAAAAGUGGCCACCCUGACAUCUCAGCUGUCUGCCAACGCGAACCUAGUGGCCGCUUUCGAGCAGAGCCUGGUGAAUAUGACCUCGCGCCUGCGACACCUGGCGGAGACGGCCGAGGAGAAGGACACUGAGUUGUUGGAUUUGCGAGAAACUAUAGACUUUCUGAAGAAAAAGAAUUCCGAGGCCCAGGCAGUCAUUCAGGGAGCACUGAAUGCCUCAGAAGCCACACCCAAAGAACUCCGGAUCAAGAGACAGAAUUCCUCAGAUAGCAUCUCCAGCCUCAACAGCAUCACCAGCCAUUCCAGCAUCGGCAGCAGCAAGGAUGCCGAUGCCAAGAAGAAGAAGAAAAAGAGUUGGCUUCGAAGUUCCUUCAACAAAGCCUUCAGUAUUAAAAAGGGUCCCAAGUCAGCCUCCUCCUACUCUGAUAUUGAGGAGAUCGCCACUCCUGACUCCUCAGCCCCGUCAUCCCCCAAACUACAGCAUGGCUCCACGGAGACUGCAUCCCCCUCCAUCAAGUCCUCCAACUCGUCCUCUGUGGGCACUGAGGUCACCGAGACCCCUGCUCAUUCAGCCCCGCAUACCAGACUGUUCCAAGCCAACGAGGAGGAGGAGCCAGAGAAGAAGGAGGUAUCAGAACUGCGCUCUGAACUAUGGGAGAAAGAGAUGAAGCUUACGGAUAUCCGGUUGGAGGCCCUCAACUCUGCCCACCAGCUGGACCAGCUUCGGGAGACCAUGCACAACAUGCAGUUGGAGGUGGACCUGCUGAAAGCAGAGAAUGACCGGCUGAAGGUUGCCCCCGGCCCCUCCUCAGGCUCCACUCCAGGGCAGGCCCCUGGGUCGUCUGCUCUGUCGUCCCCUCGCCGUUCCCUGGGCCUUGCACUCAGCCACCCUUUCAGUCCCAGUCUCACGGACACAGACCUUUCGCCCAUGGAUGGCAUCAGCACCUGUGGUCCGAAGGAAGAAGUGACGCUUCGGGUGGUGGUACGGAUGCCGCCCCAGCAUAUCAUCAAAGGGGACUUAAAGCAGCAGGAGUUCUUCCUGGGUUGCAGUAAGGUCAGUGGUAAAGUUGACUGGAAGAUGCUGGAUGAAGCCGUUUUCCAGGUAUUCAAGGACUACAUUUCUAAAAUGGACCCAGCUUCCACCCUGGGACUAAGCACUGAGUCCAUACACGGCUAUAGUCUCAGCCACGUGAAACGAGUAUUGGAUGCUGAGCCCCCAGAGAUGCCUCCUUGCCGCCGGGGUGUCAAUAACAUAUCGGUCGCCCUCAAAGGUCUGAAGGAGAAGUGUGUGGACAGCCUGGUGUUCGAGACGCUCAUCCCCAAGCCCAUGAUGCAGCACUACAUAAGCCUUCUGCUCAAGCACCGGCGCCUGGUACUCUCCGGCCCCAGUGGCACCGGCAAGACCUACCUGACCAAUCGGCUAGCCGAGUAUCUAGUGGAGCGCUCAGGCCGCGAGGUCACGGAUGGAAUCGUCAGCACUUUCAACAUGCACCAGCAGUCUUGCAAGGAUCUGCAACUGUACCUCUCCAACCUAGCCAACCAGAUAGACCGGGAAACAGGAAUUGGGGAUGUGCCCUUGGUGAUCCUUCUGGAUGAUCUGAGUGAAGCAGGCUCCAUCAGUGAGCUGGUCAAUGGGGCCCUCACCUGCAAGUAUCACAAAUGUCCCUAUAUUAUAGGUACCACCAACCAGCCUGUAAAAAUGACACCCAACCAUGGCUUACAUUUGAGCUUCAGGAUGCUAACCUUCUCAAACAACGUGGAGCCAGCCAACGGCUUUCUGGUCCGUUACCUGCGGAGGAAGUUGGUGGAGUCAGAUAGCGACGUCAACGCUAACAAGGAAGAGCUGCUUCGGGUGCUUGACUGGGUGCCCAAGCUGUGGUACCACCUCCAUACCUUCCUUGAGAAGCACAGCACCUCGGACUUCCUCAUUGGCCCUUGCUUCUUUCUGUCCUGUCCCAUUGGCAUCGAGGACUUCCGAACCUGGUUCAUUGACCUGUGGAACAAUUCCAUCAUUCCCUAUCUACAGGAAGGAGCCAAGGAUGGGAUCAAGGUUCACGGACAGAAAGCUGCUUGGGAAGACCCAGUGGAAUGGGUCCGGGACACUCUUCCCUGGCCAUCAGCCCAGCAAGACCAAUCAAAGCUAUACCACCUGCCCCCACCUUCUGUGGGCCCACACAGCAUUGCCUCACCUCCGGAGGAUAGGACAGUCAAAGACAGCACCCCAAACUCCCUCGAUUCAGACCCCCUGAUGGCCAUGCUACUGAAGCUCCAAGAAGCUGCCAACUACAUUGAGUCGCCAGAUCGAGAGACUAUCCUGGACCCCAACCUCCAGGCGACACUCUGAGGGCCCAGCAGUCACUGUCACCCUGGAUGGCAGAAGGCUGGCUUCAGCGUCAUUAGCUCUCCUCUGCCCUCUUCUUUCAUAGCUCUGGCUCACCUGCCUCGCCAAGAGAACAGGAGGGAAGAGGAGGGCAGGAGGAGGGAUAGGUUCUCGGUGCUGAACCUUUGAGAACUUCCUAGUAGGAAUUGGAGGGGUGGAGUUUGGGAACUCGUGCCCCUUAAAUACAUGUGCUGGCCUCCUCUCACGACUUAGGAGAAAAGAUGAUUCUGGGUCUUUUCUUCAAGUUUUGUUUCACUUACAAACUCUUGGGCUUUCUGGGGAGGGAUUUGGAAGACAUAAAAACAAACAAACAAACAAAAACAACUAUAGCAGUUUCAAGCCAGUUCUCAUGAACACCUCUAAGACAGUCACGUGUGGGGAAAUCUAAGGGAGGCAGGAAGCUCUACAGACUUUCUUGCAAAUCUUUCCCAAUCCUGUCAACACUGCCAACAACCUUCCCCCCCCAGAGAUCUGGCCAGAGCCCGGAAAAAAGAAGCAUGUGGUUUAACAGAAACAAAACAAAAAAAAAAUAUAUGUGUUAAUCAACCUGUAGAAGGUAAAAAAACGUCAGUGGAAAAGAUGAUGCUGGAAGGAGGGGACCCAGAUGCCAAGAUGGAAAGACAGCUGCCAGAUCUUGCCUUCUGGAUGACAAUAGAGGACAUUGCAAGAUGGCUGCCAACCUAAAAUGUCACCAAACCACAAGAGUAACAUCACAGCCUUCGGAGAAAGACCACGAGCUGUCUUUCUGCCCUCUAAUUGAACGCGCAUGAAAGUCAAUAAACCCUACUUUUUAAUUUUUUUAACUUUUAAAUUUUAUUUCUAAUUUUUUUUCCUUCCGUUUGCCUAUUUAUUUGCCCCCCUCCCUCCAGUUUUCUCACGUCAAUGAGAUACUCGGGUUUCCUUCCAGGGGAUAGUUUUGCUUUCCAAGUGGGUUUUCUUUGGAGAAUUUAAUUCCAUUACUAUUGGUACAAGUCAGACCCCUGCCAUGCCACUGUCUCCGGCAUCAUUGGGGCUCAUAUGGGACAAGAAACAUUGGCUCAUAGUAGUAAGGGAAAAAGAACUCAGUCUCUUUGAUUCGUUUUGAGAAAGCACAUGUUCUACCUGGAAGCUCAACUGCCACCCUCCGGCAUGAUAGACCUACCCUGAGCUUCACCGUGGACUGGGAGGAAAACCAAAAUACUGGAAAUACCUGCCUGUCUUAUGGCCUGUUAGGGCCCUCACUGCACUAUUGGAUGGUAGCCACUUUGCCUGACUGAGUCAAGAUCCCCUAGCUAGUCUUUAUUAUUUGUUUUUUGACAGGUGAAUAGUCACAAGAAGUGAAGCAACUAUGUGAGCUGCUUCAGGUCAGAAUAAAAGGCUCGAGGAGUUCGACUUGGUGGCCAGUAUUUGCCUUCCAAAGAGAUCUACGUCUUGCAGAAAUUGCCCUCUUCCUAACCCACACUCCUUCGUUUGACAAGCACUUACUGAGUAUUUAACUGAAUACCAGUCACUAUGUUUUAAAACAAAAAAGACAGGACUUGGUCCUUAAGUUCAAGGUCUAGGAGGCAAUGUUAACCUCCUUUUAAGUAACCACCCCCUUAUUAUCUGGACCUUGAAAACCAUCUGAGAAAUGCAGGGGAAGCCCAAGGAGUCAAAAGGAGCCUUUGAUUAGAUCUCCAAUAUGUUGUGGGCAGAAGAUUGGGGAUCAGUUUAAGUGAAGCCAGAAGAAUUAUGGAAUCUUGCUUGUCUUGAGUGGGAAAAUUACUUGUCGCUUCUGGAAACCAGAUUCCAGGUUGAAUCUUCCUCAUGGGCUAAUGUGUCAGCACUCUGCAGUUCAGGGCUAUAUAUAAUGAUAGCCUGGACCUAAGAGUAUGCUCUUCAGAUUUCUAAGUAGCACCAGACUUAGCGUAAGCUACACCAAGAUUCUGUAGGCAAAUAAACCUGGACCGACAUUCCACCCCACCAAGGAGUUACGUGCAUCUGACUCUUUAACAGUCUAUUUUUGUUUCGAUCCUGAAGAAGAUCUAGCUUGUCCCUCUUGUGCCCCCUCCACCCCCAGCAAAAGCUUCUAUAUUCUGGUAGCCCCAGGAAUAACAGGGUCCUCUCUUCUGGACACUAUUGUCGCUACUGCUGCUAAUUCCAUGAGCUGUGAAGAUCCCCAACUCAGCUGCAAAAUAUGCAAUUCUGUGGUGGGAAGAGGCUGGCUGUCCGAAGAUGGUGCUGAAGUCACUGCCUUAAGGUCUCUGCUGUGCAGAAUGAGAAGGCCCCCCAGAGCUGGGUGUUCCAACUUCAAAGGAAGGGAAGACUGGAUAGGCCUACUUUGGACAUAGGUCUCUUCUGAACCCUAGCGAAAGCUCCAGUACCGUGGCAAGGCUCGGACUUUUGCUAACAUCCUAACGCUUGAGCCUUUCACUCUCUUUUCUGGUGCUGCCCAGUCAGUGCCUUCUGACAUGGAUGUUACUGGCCACUUAAGAAGAAGGAAAGUAAGAAAUGCCUUCUUCCAUUCCAAUUGCCUCAGACUCCGGAGGGAUUGUCUCUGUGGUGACCAUGGAUACCAUCAAGAAUUUUAUUUGGGUCUGCAGCAGGUUGAGUCUGGAGGCCUCUCCUACUGUAACUUCAUUUCUAUUCCUGGGAUCCAACACCCUCUUCUCUCAGUUGACUGCUGCAUUUAGCUCAGGCCUCAAAUAGCUGUCCUCCAGGAAGUGUGUUGCCAUCUAGUGAAGUGCUCUUUGAAGCCUCCACUUUCCUUCUGGAGCCUGGGACCCUGUUUACAGUUGCACAUCUGGGCCCCUCACAGUAGGAUCAACCAUCUCUACAAAGGGUUCAUGGUUCUGUGGCAAUUGCAGAAGGUUGAGCCUCCUCAUGGUGCUAUAACCCCUUGGGAUGCUCACCCAGACUUCUAAGAAGCAAAAAGCCUGAGCUCCCCCUCACUGCCCGAGAAUUCAUGGCAAAGAGCAAAUUCGCAGCAUUCUUCCCAACCUACACACUUGCUUCUAGGUUGAGACUACUGGGACUCCUCAGAAAGGAAAAGCUGGGUCCCACAGCUAGAUUCCCAAUCUCCAGGCACCUUCAGAAGAACCCAACCUAUCUAAUUCUGCAGUUUUUUGCUAUUCCCUUUCCUUCCAACUCCCUAUUCCAUCCCUCACCAAAGUUGGCUAGUGAAGACCAUCAACCUUUGGAGAGCCCCAGCUCCAGGAGAGGCUCGCCAGUGCCCCUUGAACUUGGGGAUGAAGACCAAUAAGUUGUGUUCAGUGUGUUUGUUUCUCAGUCCCUGCCUAAGCACUAAAAUAAAAUACUAGGUAUUGGAGGCUGCUAUGGGACCUGAUGUCUGUGCAUCUUUCCGUCUCUGUCCUCCUCUCACACACGAGCAGUUUGUUUUUUGUAUCUUCUGGGGCUUUGUGGAACAUUAUUAUUUUUGAUACCUGCUGUCCGGUAACUCGUUGGUGCUUAUUUCUGUCUCCGUAAAACCUUAUUCCAGUGUCUUUCAUGUAGUCCAAUCGUUUGGAAGGUAGAGGCUGGCAAGGAAGGAGAAUGGGGUAAAAGACCACAGAGAGAGCCCACAAGAAAACCUUUCUUGGUUGGUAAACGUUUGGGUCUUGAGUUACCAACCUUCUAAUCUGUCUACACUGAUGGACAUAAAUCAAAAUAAUGAUUUCUUUCCCUCCCCGUUUCCUUUUGUGCUGUGUGGCUUUUCUAGUUUGCAAGAGUCUGUGGACUUCACAUAUCCACCUCCUUCCUGAUGGCUCUUAAAGAUGAGUCACGUUAUUCAGAGGAGUACCACCCCCUUCUGGGACUCUGAUGAUGAACUGUUUCCUGUCCUAUUCCAGAAAAGCAGGGAAAGGAGUAGCAGGCCCUCACAGUACCUCCCAUCAUUCCAGAUGGAAGUCAUUCACAGCAGCCAGUGUGUGCACGGAGAGUGCAUGCCUGCUACAGUGAUCCAAAUGACAUUAGUGAUCUCUUAUGGCAGAGGGGUUUGGGAGAGGAAGUUGUGCUGAUCAUGAAUCUAAUCCAGGGUUCAAGUGUUGAAGUGACUCAGAUGGUUAAAGCUCGGCAUCUUUCUCUAUCCUUUCUUCCCAUAGUCCUGCACAGUGGCUAAACUGAAGCUAGUAAAUGGAUUCCACGAACCAACAACCCCAUGGUAAGAACUAAAAUAGCUGGUAUGACAGGUUGGCUAAUAGAGAUGGAUCAGAUGGAUGUGCCAACAGGUUGGCUAAUAGAGGUGAAUAAGAUAGGUGUGCCAACAGUUGUUGGUGCCCUUUUUUUCUUCUAGUAUUGGCCAUUGAAUUUAGGGUUUCUCGUAUACUCGGCAAGUACUUCAUCAUUGAGCUCUAUCUUUAGCCUUCACUCUGGCUUUAAAGACAAAGUUUCACUAAGUUGUCCAUAAUGGCUCUGAAUUCACUAAAUAUUUCAGGCAAGCUUUGAAUCUGAUGAACACACACACACACACACACACACACACACACACACACACACACACACACGCUUCUCUCAAGUAGUUGGGAUUUCAGCCUGCAUCACUAGGCUCAGCUGUAAUACACUCUGUAGUAUGAACUAUUCGUGAGAGUUCCCAACAAGGAGGCCCAGAAAAUGUUACAAAUGGCCAAAGCCUGAAGACACUGUUCUUCAUAACUGAGUCAGCCUUAUCAAUCCUCAACCUGCUCAGGGAUAACCGGGUCACCAGCUUGGCUCUCCCCACUGCCCAGGAUACACUGGUAUACACUCUAGCCCUGGGAGCACGUGCCAAUGUAGGGAAGACAGAGUAAACCGGAAAGCAGCAGAGCCUUGAAGGAAAGAGCAGUUGGAUUUUGGAAACCGCAGGGAGAAAACGACCGUUAAAAGGUAUACCUAUUUAUGUUAGUUCAUUCUGGUUUGGUGUUCUGGCCGUUUUCCUUAAUGAUUGUGCCACAGGGAACAUUCUCUGACAUGAGAUCCUGAAAGGGGAAAUCCCUGGUUCUUGAUUCAACCUUUCGUUCCAUACAGCAGUGGCACUAAAGGGAUGUUUUCAGGCGAGAAACAGCAGCAUAUAGGAAUGUGUUAGGAAUAAAAUUCCCAGGCUCUAACGUAGACUUACCAAGUCAAAUCUUUGUGGCGGAGCCCGGCAAUGCUUUUAACAGUCCUAGUGAGUCCAAUGCAUGAGAGCCCUUGCUCCAAGAUGUUUGAUGUUUGAAAACCCCAAAUAAGAAGCAUGUACAGUCUAAUUCAAAUGAUAGCAUUUCAAAGUCACUUUUCUCGUACUUAGGUUUCUGGGAGUUCACAGUGAAAAUAUGUGCUUUGGGGUGGAAGUCAGGGAAGCUCUGCAGCUUCCUGUUUGAGUGCAGCCUCUAGUAGGAGACGUCCCGCCUCUGAAACUUCAACCUGGCAAACUACCGGGCUUCAAGGGGGGAAUCAUGUUGGAGGUCUCAUCCAAAUUGCUGUUCCGAAGGAUUCUUUUUCUGAUUAUAGUGUAAGAAGAGUAAAAUAAAAAUCUAAUUUGCAUUUCUAUGAUGAAAUGUUCUCCUGGCAACAACCCUCUCCCUUCUUUAAGUGGCUAAGAGUUCUGAUGAGUGUGAGAGCCUAGCCAGAGAAACUAGCCAGACCCUCCUUGCCUAGAGCGGUAGACAGCUGUGGGGCUCUAGUUAUGCCAGAAGCCAUGUCUGCGCUCAGCCCACAGGAGAGAGCUCUGCAUGGUGAAAAUAUAGUAUCUGCGUACUUGGGUUCAACCUUGCCUUUUCCCACACCAGGACCUAAAUAUAGUACUCAGCAAAUAGAACAAAAUAAAAUCCUCUAUUUAAAAAAAUUUUUUUCCCAAAAGAGCUUCAUAGAUUUCCAAACUCAUAAACUAGCUGAUGUGGCCAUGAAGAGCUGAGACUGUUAGAAGCAGUUUUGUUUCAAAAUUUUCAGUUUCCCUUCUAUAAAAGCACUUUUGUGUAGAGUAUUAAAGAUCACUGGUACUGGGUCUCCAGAGCCCAGGGACUAAGCACUGAAAGGAAGGACUAAAGUCCAAGGAAAACAAGAGUAAAACAUUUAACUAAAAUCACCCUCCUUACCAUCCAUCCAGCUCUUGUGGCACCAUCCUGUUUCUCUACAUCAUCCUCUCUACAAUCAUCCUGCCUCCCUGCAUCCCAGCUCCUGUGGCCUCAUCCUGCUUCCCUGCAUCCCAGCUCCUGUGGCCUCAUCCUGCUUCCCUGCAUCCCAGCUCCUGUGGCCUCAUCCUGCUUCCCUGCAUCCCAGCUCCUGUGGCCUCAUCCUGCUUCCCUGCAUCCCAGCUCCUGUGGCCUCGUCCUGCUUAGCUCCUGUGGCCUCAUCCUGCUUCCAUGGCAUUUCUCUAAGAAGGAAGAUAAAAAAGAGCAAACUCCCACACUGCUGCCAGUUUCCGGUACUGCUCUGCUGCACCCCCCACCCCCACUUCCUAGUGCUGUUCUGUUUAUUGCUCUUAACAAAACAAAUUUAUAGCGAGUUCCAGGCCCUGCUGGCUUCCUUUCCUCCCCCUCCCUAUCCUGUUUUACGCAGCACUGCUCAUGUAAGAGUCUGUUUCUCAAAUGCAUGGCAUUCCUCAGGUGGAGGAUGGGCAAGAAUGAUCACUUUUUAAAACUUACUGGGUAGAAAAAUCCCAAUCCAGGAUAUGUGUGUGUGUCUGUGUGUUUUGUCUUAUUUUCUUCUCAUUUGACCCUCGCCUAUUCCAAUCUGUCCCCUUUUAUACCUGAUGUAGAAAAGGCAGAACUGAAUCCGAAAAGCAAAUUGUUGUAUAUAGUUGCGGUAACAAUCAUGAAGAGAGCUGGGCUGUCCCCUCAGUAAUUCAUUUUAAAUGAAAAAGAAAAUCGGUUGAAAAUUAAAUCCAUGCCUUGGCCAGCCGAAAAUGGCCUUCCUCCAUCGCCACAGAGGCCACCCUUCCUUGGGUCCUCUGUCUACGAGGCAUGUCUCUAUCCAGCAAAAUUCAUCUGUUCGCUGCCAUUUGCGUUUCAAUAAAGUUAUCUCCUGUACUGUU